GGCGCGGGGCUGCGCGGCCGGGCGGGCCAUGGCGGUGGCGCGGGACAGCGUGGGGUCGCUGCUGCGAUCUUUCAUAUCCAUGGGAGCAUCUGUGGGAGCAAUAACAAGACAGACCCUGUUCCCUCCUCUCAUGCCUGCAGGGCGCCCUUUCCGUGUGUCCAACGCCUCCCGCAGCAGCCGGAAGGGAAUUGUUGCAAGCAGCCUGCAAGAGCUCCUCAGCAAGACUUUAGAUGCCUUUGUUAUAACUGCUGGAAUAGUUACUCUGGUUUUGGAGGAAGAUGGCACAGUUGUGGACACAGAAGAGUUCUUCAAGUCCCUGGAUGAUAAUACACACUUCAUGGUUCUAGAAAAUGGACAGAAAUGGACACCAACAAAAAAUGGAGUUGUCGCUGUGAGAAAAAAGAAGAAAAUGGGAGUAGCUAACAUCACAUUUGAUCUGUACAAACUGAACCCUAAGGAUUUUAUCGGCUGCUUAAACAUCAAGGCAACCUUCUAUGAGAUCUACUCUAUCUCAUAUGACAUCAAAUGCAUGGGAGCAAAAAGUGUAUUGAGGAAAGUGCUCCAGCUAAUGUCCCAUGCAGCACAAAUAACUGGACAGUUUCUUCUCUACACUGGAACGUACAUGUUGCAGUUGAUGGGUGAAUAUGAUGAAGAUGACAUGUGCACAAGAUCCAGGCGGGAGUAGUGCCCACAGCUGCGCUCCUGAUGCCGAAUCCUUGUGCUCAAAGACAUUCUCUUGCCCAGUUCUGAUUGGAAUAAUGUUAUAGUGGGGGGAUGUGCACUAAUGUAAGCUAAUGUUUUUCUGUUUGGGAGUGCUGUUAGGCCUUAGUCAUGAAGUGUUGGAUGUUCACAGGCUCUUAACACCACACAAAGAUGGGUGCCUAAUGCCUGAGAAUCUGGCAAAAGGAGAGAGGGGAAAGGGCUUUGCCCCAGCAAUUCAAAAGGGAGAAUAAGGAUACUUGGAAACUUGCAUGCUUUGCAACCACUGGAAUAUUUUUUGCACCAAUCAAGACAUUUUGUUCUUUUGGGUUUUGUGUGUGUUUCGGUUUUUUUCAUGGCGAUCUACUUGCAUUCUGAGCAGACUGGGCUGUAAGUGAGGGCAAGGGGACUGUGGGGUUUUUUUCUUUGUUUGUUUUUUUGAAUCCUUAGCAGUGCUGGCAUUAGUGUGAAACUGACGUUGAGGUAAAGUGUUCCUAUUUAGUCCUGCUGACAAUUGAACUACAUAGUGCAACUUCAGCCCUGCUUCAGUGACUGACUCUUCUCAUGAAGUCUAAUUGGAGAUUGCACAAUUACUAAGCAGAAGGUUAAGAUUUAUCCUUACUUCCCUUAAAACAAAUAAA